CUUUGAGCAGGGGGUUGGACUAGAUGACCUCGUGAGGUCCCUUCCAACCCUGAUAUUCUAUGAAUAAUGACCAAUUAAGUUGCAAACAGAAAAUAAAGAGAAUGCAGUUAUGUAACAAAACUAAUGGCAGACUCAGAUUUGGAUGUAUCAUGUAACCCUCAGUCUUUGUUUUUUUCUUUUUGCUAUGCUUACAUUUGAGUAUCUACCUUUCUUCUGAAAACUAAACUUUUUUAGCAUAUAUUUUUUAACAAGUAGUGUUGUAAUUAAAGUGAGUUAGAGCUUUGAUGGCCAGUCCAAUGCUGCGAAAGGACAUUAGUUGAGGGGAAACAUAAACAUAAUGCCAAGGGUGUGCAAAUCCGAUAUCUUUGAAGUUUCUUUGCACAUGCUUCUGCGAUUUCGUCUUGAGUCAAUUAAACUAAGAUUAGUAACUCUUUCCCUGUAAUGUUAACCAAAUGUUGUAUUAUCAGUUCUCACUCCAGUGGAGUGUCCUUUUUUUAAGUAACCUAAGCUUUCAAGUUGUAAAAAACCUAGUGACAUUAAAGCCAAAUUUUGUGUUGGCUUCAACCUAUGGAAGCUAAUGAAGUUGCAUGAUAGUGUACAUCAGUGUAGAAUUUGACUCUCAAAGAUUCUUGCUAUGGUUUACCAUUAAAUUUUCAUUUUACUGAUUUUGCCAUUUCCUUUCUUUCUUUCCAUACCUCCAUCCAAGCUGUGGAUCAGUUGAAUGUCUAGUUCUGCUGUUAAAAAAGGGAGCAAAUCCUAACUACCAGGAUAUUUCGGGAUGUACACCCCUUCAUUUGGCAGCUAGAAAUGGGCAGAAGAAAUGUAUGAGCAAGCUCUUAGAAUAUAGUGCAGAUGUCAAUAUUUGUAAUAAUGAAGGUCUGACUGCAAUUCACUGGCUUGCUGUCAAUGGGCGAACAGAACUACUUCAUGAUCUUGUACAGCAUGUCAAUAACGUAGAUGUUGAAGAUGCAAUGGGACAGACAGCACUACACGUGGCUUGCCAGAAUGGUCACAAGACAACAGUGCAGUGUUUAUUAGACAGUGGUGCAGAUAUUAACAGGCCAAAUGUGUCAGGAGCAACUCCACUCUAUUUUGCUUGCAGCCAUGGUCAAAGAGACACUGCACAAAUCCUUUUGAUGAGAGGAGCCAAAUACUUACCAGACAAAAAUGGAGUUACACCACUGGAUCUCUGUGUACAGGGUGGGUAUGGAGAGACUUGUGAAGUUUUAAUACAGCAUCAUCCUAGACUCUUCCAGGCAAUUAUUCAAAUGACACAGAAUGAAGAGCUACGGGAAAACAUGUUACGGCAAGUUCUAGAACACUUAUCCCAGCAGAGUGAAAGCCAGUACCUUAAGAUCCUAACAAGCCUUGCUGAAGUUGCUACAACAAAUGGUCACAAACUACUUAGCUUGUCAAGUAACUACGAAGCUCAAAUGAAGAGUCUCUUAAGGAUCGUGAGGAUAUUUUGUCAUGUCUUUCGCAUAGGCCCGUCCUCUCCCAAUAAUGGAAAUGACAUGGGCUACAAUGGAAAUAAAACUCCAAGAAGUCAGGUGUUCAAGGUCAGAAAAGUAUAUGACGUUGUUAGGAAGAUAGACGUUAAAGAGAUGAAUUUCACAAAGCAUGCAUUCAUUAAUCAGACAUCUCAUGAACAGGAACCGCUGGAAUUACUCUGGCACUCAUUAGAUGAAUGGCUAGUUCUAAUAGCUACAGAAUUGAUGAAAAACAAAAGAGACUCUGCCAACAUUACAUCCAUUUUACUAAAGCAGAAAGGGCCAAAUCAGCAGGAUGAUACUCUUAAGCCUGCCUUUGAUGCUGCAGGAACUGAGAGCAGAGAAAAGCUAUCUACUGACACAGGGGAUUCUAAAGCAUAUGAUGUUCCAAGCAAGCAGGAAGCUUGUGCGGAUUGCCAGGAUGUUAUCUCAGUGACAGCAAACAGACUGAGUGCUGUCAUUCAAGCCUUUUAUAUGUGCUGCUCCUGUCAGAUGCCUCAAGGGAUGACAUCACCUCGUUUUAUAGAAUUUGUCUGCAAACAUGACAAUGUUCUUAAGUGCUUUGUUAACCGAAACCCCAAAAUAAUUUUUGACCACUUUCAUUUUCUCCUUGAGUGCCCUGAACUGAUGUCAAGAUUCAUGCACAUCAUAAAAGCACAGCCCUUUAAAGAUCGUUGUGAGUGGUUUUAUGAACAUUUGCACUCUGGACAGCCAGAUUCAGACAUGGUGCACAGACCAGUCAAUGAAAAUGACAUCCUGUUGGUUCACAGAGAUUCUAUUUUUAGGAGUAGCUGUGAAGUUGUGUUUAAAGCAAAUUGUGCAAAGCUAAAGCAGGGGAUUGCGGUGCGAUUCCACGGCGAAGAAGGCAUGGGUCAAGGUGUGGUACGUGAAUGGUUUGAUAUCUUAUCCAAUGAGAUAGUUAACCCAGAUUAUGCACUGUUCACCCAGUCAGCUGAUGGAACAACCUUCCAGCCAAACAGCAACUCUUCUGUAAAUCCUGAUCACUUGAACUACUUUCGAUUUGCUGGACAGAUCUUGGGUUUAGCUCUGAAUCACAGGCAGCUGGUCAACAUUUACUUCACAAGGUCAUUCUACAAGCAUAUUCUUGGUAUUCCUGUAAAUUAUCAGGAUGUGGCAUCUAUUGAUCCAGAGUAUGCAAAGAACUUGCAGUGGAUUUUAGAUAAUGAUAUCGGUGAUCUUGGGCUGGAACUGACCUUCUCUGUCGAGACUGAUGUGUUUGGAGCAAUGGAAGAAGUGCCUUUGAAACCAGGGGGUGCAAGUAUUCUUGUUACACAAGACAAUAAAGCUGAGUAUGUCCAACUUGUUACUGAACUUCGAAUGACAAGAGCCAUUCAACCUCAGAUAAAUGCUUUUUUGCAAGGAUUUCAUAUGUUCAUACCACCUUCUCUUAUACAGCUUUUUGAUGAAUAUGAACUGGAGCUGUUGCUGUCUGGUAUGCCAGAAAUUGAUGUGAGUGAUUGGAUAAAAAAUACAGACUACACAAGUGGCUAUGAAAGAGAAGACCCUGUUGUUCAGUGGUUCUGGGAUGUUGUAGAAGAACUAACUCAGGAAGAGCGAGUGUUACUAUUACAAUUUGUUACUGGCAGUUCCAGGGUUCCUCAUGGUGGCUUUGCCCAUAUAAUGGGUGGCAGUGGAUUGCAGAAUUUCACAAUUGCAGCUGUGCCAUACACUCCAAAUUUGUUACCAACAUCAAGUACAUGUAUCAACAUGCUCAAGUUACCUGAAUACCCAAGCAAAGAAACCCUUAAGAACAGGCUUCUUGUUGCAUUACACUGUGGAAGCUAUGGUUACACAAUGGCAUAAUGAAGUCUGGAAAACUCAUCUGACUACUGAUGCACAAUUCAGAGUGGCAGAAGUAAUUUUGGAAACUGUCAACACAAAAGCAGCCUAGAUGCUGCGACCCAGAGACAAGGCUGACUUUUUUUUAAAUUAAUAAAGGAUCUGUUUGCUGUCCAUUAUGUUGUCUAAGUAAGUCUGUGAUACUGUUACAUGACUUAAAUUUCAUAGUACACUGUAUCUUUGUUUUUUAAUGUUAGAUUAGUAUUGAAAGCAGUAUACUUUCAUUAGCAUUAACAUAACAUGAAGAAGAGAGGGUUUGUCAAAAUGUUUCCCACCAAUUUUAUUUCUGAUUCUCAACUGUGUGAGUGAAUGAGUUUUAUAAUUUCCCUCCUACUCACAUAAUAUGCUAUUAACACACACACGUGUAUUGUGUGUCUUGUUGCAUGUAAAAGUGCCAUUUAUUUUUGCAGAGAACACUGUAUAGAAAGUUUGAUUUAGAUAGUGUACAAAAUGACAGAUCUAAUGUAUUUUCCCAGUUAUUUAAUUGUACCUAUAUUAAAAGGUUUUUAACAUUUUAGUAUUUUAAUGUAUAUAAUGUAAAAAUUUAGACCAUUGUCACUGAAAAAGUAAACGGCGGAUGGAAUUAAGAUCUAAUUUAUAUUCUAUAUGAAUAUGUACACUAUAUUGUACUAAAUAUUAAAGUAUUUGUGACUUCGUUGUCAAUUUGCAGUUUAGAACUUAUAUAUAUUGUUUUAGAUGUAUAUCUGUUCUUUAUUCGAAGAAUACCUUUACUCAUGCCCGUCCUCUGUGGAAAAGGUAUAAUUAAAUUUUAAUAUUUUAGCAGAA